UACACCUAAAGACAUCGUUUAAUGUUUUUCAUAUGUGAAUUUGUAACAACUCAGCAGGCGGUUAGAUUUGUCGACAAUCGAGUAACAUUGAGUAAGAAGUCACUAAGAACAUACUUAUCAAAUGACUAUCAUUUUUUCACCCAUGAAUAUACACAUAACCAUGACAAUAUCGCUGGCCACGCAGCUGCUCCUGGAAGCCUUCGCCGCCUUCGCCACCACCUCGGAACCGAGUAGCCGCAGCAGUUACGAACGGGCCGUGGCGGCACCGGAGAUACUGGAAUUUCACUUCUAUCCCAAUCCCGUGGUCAUAGGUCACUAUGUCAAUGUGACGUGCGCUGUGCGGCCACCGCAAUCGCAGGUGUUGAUAUUGCGACUGUUGACCAACAACUACGAUCAUCGUCUGGAUUAUCAGCACUGGAUCCACAACGAAACGGUGUCAAUAUACAGUGCUGAUAUUGCCGGUGUAACGUGGAAUUCCAUACCGGGAAACAUCAGCAGUUCCUAUAUAUGCGAAGCCCGAAAUAAUUUAGGAUUGGUUCGCAGCCGCAGUGUUAAUCUUAUCGCACGAAAUCCCGUUUAUACCACGGUUUUCAUUGAUCUGAAGACUGAAGCCGGAAGAACAGUUUCCAAUGCAAUCGUACGCCCGGCUAUGUGUAAAGCGACGACAACAGAAAGCGACGUUUUCGAAUACAAAUGGACAUUUCUCUCUUCUAAUUCGUCAUCCGAAUGGAUCCUUCUUCCAGUAUCUUCGGCUUCCAUCAAUGUGUCUGCGGAAGAAUCUGGGGUUUACAAAUGCGCCGUACGGUCAGAUGCUGGAUGGAGCGAAUGGUCGCCUUCCGUGCUGGUAACCACUGCAAUAGGAAUUAGCGGGCUAUCCGGAGGAACCUCGAAAAUAUUUUUGGACCCGUAUAUGACUGUUCCCAUAAGCAUAUUUGGCCAAGUUUUUCUGAUGCGGAUAAUUCAAAAAUGGAGGAAUUCGCUGUGAUAUUGCCUCGACAUCUUCCCACAAUUCACGUGCAUGAAGGCUUAAAUAACAGCAUCACAGAAAAUGAGCCCGAUCGUAUUCUGCUAAUCGCUAUCCAUGUUAUAUCAGCAUGAAGCAACUACAGUCAGGAUAUUCAAGCAAGCAAUAGUUUUCCCGAAAGCUAUAAUUUUCAAAAUGUAUAAUUAUAGAGAAUUGUUCGCCGUGUGAGUGCACAGCACUGCACGCACACUAACGAUAAGUACAGUGCGUUUAAAUUACGGAGAGCUAUGUAUUAUAAUUAUGAAUGUGUAUCGGCUAUC